AUGGGAGUCUCCUCUGCUGUCUGCAUCUUUAGGACACUAAUGCUGUUCAGGCCCCUGGCACUUCUUGCCCUGCUGGUCUCUGACCUCCACUGCCUGCCCUGGCUCAUAAAUGUCUCCGAGGGCCAGGGGCCUGGCACUGUCCUUCAGUCUUUUUCCUUGAACUGCUCUUCUUACGUACCCACCCUGAAGUUGCUUUAUGUGCAGCCACCUACCACCUUCUUCAACCCACCCAGCCUGACCAGGUGGAAGAGGAUCGAUGUGGUUCAGUUGACCUUGAGCAGCUCAGCCCGGCUGGAUGCCCUGGCAGUGAACCACUAUGAGCUCCAGCUGCGGUUAACAUGUGGCGAUCAAACAGUGGAGGGACCACUCUCUGUGGAUGUGCAACAGGAUCCUGACCAUAUCCAGUGUACUGGCUGAUUUGUCAGCCCAGCUGGGGGGGUCAUCAAGGUGCCAGUCACACUAGGGGCCCGGCUGUAUACUUUGCUGCUACUAGGCCUGGAACUCCAGGGAGCCCAAAUGAACAUCACCAGUACCCAGGACCCUCCGUAUUUCCCUGGACCUUUCUCCAUCAAUAGGCAGGGUUGGCUGUGGGCACCACCCCAGGGCCUCAAAGGCCAGGCAGAAAAGAUCUUCCAGCUUCAGGUCCUGGCGAACUGUGGACCAAGCCGAAGCUGCAGUGGGACGCUGAUGGUGAAAGUUUUGCCUGCUCCCUCCAGCCAGGUCGCCUUCCAGGAAGACUCCUCUACCCUGGGACAGGAGCAGAACCGGAAUAUCACCAUCCCCGAAGACCUAGUCCCCGGGAGUAAGGUGGUUCGGGUCCAGGUACGUUAUGAAAUCCUCUUGCCUGUGCCCUGCCUGCUCUUCUCCCCGCGACGUGCGGAUGGCGUGGUGCGGCCCACUGCGCCCCUGGACUUGGUGGGGGGGGGCGCAGCGAUCACUCCGCUGCAGGGGAAGGCCUUCGAGCGGCUCCAGCCGUGGGCCGGCGACGAGCUCCAUCUCACCGUGAACGUGACUCCGGCCGGCCGCUGGCCCCCGCGCCGUCUCCCAGCGCUACUGGUGACCCAAAUCCCUGAGGCCGCGCCUGUGGGCUCCGUGCUGAGCACCUUCACUUGCGCUGACCCGGAUUCUCCCGGCUCCACCCUCGACCACCAGCUGCGGUUCCACUGCCCUCCUGGCCUGUCCAGCUUCUGCCUUAGCGACAGGGUUCUGGAGGUGAAUGCUGCACUGGACUGUGACAGCCCUGGGGCCUGCUUUCAGCACACAGCCUCCAUCCUGGUGCUCGAUGAGGUCAGCCCCUGACCAGUGACCCAGGUGCCAGUACUGGUGUUGGUGAUACCUGUCAACAAGUUCUCCCUAGCCUGUGUUCCUCGCACAUUCCGGGUUUGUGAGAAUGCAAGACCCUGCACCCUGCUGGGCUCUGUGGUGGGCAUGGCCAUGGAUUACCCACAUGACAACACUGAGUACUACAUCUCUGGCGGAUCUGCCACCUUUUCUGUGCACCUUCUCAGCGGAGAGGUUCACCUCCUGGGGCCUUUGGACUAUGAACAGCUGAGGUUGUACAAGUUCACUGUUCUAGUGAAUGACCAUAGUCAAGACAAGGACCCUAGUCGCCACCGCUCAGGCUCCUGCACCAUUACCAUUGAGGUUGAGGAUGUGAAUGACCAUGCCCCCGAGUGUGAGCCCCCAUUCCAGGAACUCACCAUCUACACUUCCCCAGGCCGUAGGAUGGAGGUGACCAAGGUGUCAUGUCAGAUCCCUCAGGAACCACAGCGCCUAGCCUUCUCCUAUAGCAUCGUGGGAGGGAACAGUCAGAGCCGAUUCAGCCUGCAAGGAGCUGUCUUAGUGCACGACCUCAUGUUGGGGCCCACCUGGCCAGAGCAGCCCCAUACCUAUGAACUGUUGAUCUGUGUGGCCAAUGCAGGUCCCUCCAUCCCCCACCUCAGCACCACAGCUACUAUCAUUGUGCAUCUAGUUCCCUGGACGGCCAGCACAGCGGCCACCAGCACCCAUAGAGCCACAGUGCCUGCAAUGAUGACACCCCUGCUUGUGACAGACAUGGAAGCUUUCUGGAAACCAGAGCCCUGGUUUGUGGUGGUGCUGACAGUGACCAGUGCCCUUCUCCUCUUGGCUCUGGGCUGGCUCUUCCGCAGGCUUCUCUGGGGAUCGGCCCAGGGGCUACAGGCACCAAGUAAACCAGCCCAGGCUCUGCUGCUAAACAGUAUCCAGGGGACUGAAGGGUCUACUGAGGCGUUCAUGGAGGCACCAAGGAUGGAGACACCCCAGGCACCCAGCAGCAUCAGGAGCCUGCAUUUUGAUGGCAGAGCACAGGACUCCCAUGAGUCCCUCUUUCCAACUAUUCUCCUCUUGGACCCACCUUCUCUCCUUUUCCCAUCUCAAUAUCUCCUCCUACCACCAGGCAUCCACCGCCUACUCUUUCCCUGA